AUGCAGCGACGCCCUUCUCUUGUUCCUGACCUGUUCCACAUCAAGCGGACAACCGUGGAACCUGGAUCUCCUCCAACCAUCCGUACUGAAAUCUGCGGAACAUACACAGACCUCGAUUCAGCCCAGAAGGUUGCACUUCGCCGCCUUGAGGACGAGGGGUUGUCUCGCGACUCUCUGAGCGAUUAUGCGACAAAUGACGUUACCCAACCUUCAUCGGCAUGGAAGCAUGGGGAGAAUGUCGUCGUCCAUGCCCGAAAGGGGGACGAGGUUCACGAUGUUGAAAUCGAAAGCACGCCAAAUUCUCUGGGUGUCCGCUCCAAGCCAGGUGAUGGGAGAGUAGAAGACAACCUCUUCUAUGUUCUCUGCACAGUCCAAGCAGCUGAUGGUGCAACGCAUACUGAAAUCAGAGGGAUUCAUUUGUCUCGACAGGCGGCUGUGGCUGCUGCCCGACAUGAAUUGGUGAGUGGCGAACGCAAACAAGACUGGUACAAAGACUACAAAGAGGAAGUCGGAGUGGGUCACAGGGAGGAAGACUUCGAAGGGCACCAGCUCAUUGUGACUGCGACUGGGGCGGAUGGCGAGAAGUAUGUUGUCAGUGUGAUUCAUGAGAGCUGA